UUGAUUCUUAUUUUCAGUUUUCUUUCAAAGAAUUGGUGAAACUGAAAGCUAGGCAAAAAAAUUGGUUUAAUCCGACUAGACCAAACAUAUCUAGUCUUGAACACAUUAACACUGACAAUGGACGCAGAUAAAAGUUGUACAUUUUGCGGCCGGAGGUCCCGGGAUUUACUGAGAUGUAGUCGAUGUAAGGAAGUGUACUACUGCUCCAGGGACUGUCAGAGAGGACACUGGACGGAGGGACACAGGGAACAUUGUAAAAUAGUGGGCAGCCAGGCUGAGAGUUGUGCCUUUUGCGGCCAAAGGUCCUCGGAUUUACUGAGAUGUAGUCGAUGUAAGGAGGUUUACUACUGCUCCAAAGACUGUCAGAGAGGACACUGGAAGGAGGGACACAGAGAGGAUUGCCAAAUAGUAGGGAGCCAGUUGUGCCGUUUCUGCAAUAAGUCUUCAAAGCAACUGAAGGGAUGCGCAAGAUGUCUCCAGGCGUUCUACUGCUCCAAGGAAUGUCAGAGAGAGGACUGGAGUCAAAGACACAGAGACGAAUGUAAAGCAGUGACACCCGUAGAAAAGAAUGAAAGACUACAACAAGCGACAACAAAUAGAAAGGAAGGAAUGAGCGAAAUUGAAUUAUAUGAAAGAAAGAGCAAUGCAAAUGAUCGAAAAAGCAGAUCUUCGUUAGAUUGUUGCUCGUUUUGUGGAAGAAACGGUGAUUUGAAAACUUGCACAGAAUGUGACAAGCAAUAUUAUUGCUCUCGCGAAUGUCAAAAAGCUGAUUGGAAAACUCAUAAAACCAGUUGCACGGAAGAGAAAGGCAGAGCAGAAAACAACACAGAACGCAGCGAGAAUUCGUCGCCAAUCUGUGCUCACUGUAGAUCGAAAAGUGCAAGCCGAGUUUGUAAGGACUGCAGUGUAGUGUUCUAUUGUUCAAAAUCUUGUCAAAAGUCGCACUGGAAAAAACACAAGAGUUCAUGUAAAGCGCGGUCUGGCAAAGCAAAAAUCAAAGAGACAUUAAGUGUACAACAAUGCACGAUUUUAGGUCUCGUUACUCCGGAGGAAAAUAAUGGACUCGAUCCCAAUGAUAUCCAUGCACAUGAAAGCAAUCGAGGGAUAGGGAAAAGCGCAAAUGUCUUAUGUUGUCGGUGUAAAAGCAAGCGUUCCUGUUUGACCUGUCCUGACUGUAAUUCUGCAACGUAUUGCUCAGUAACUUGUUUGGGUCAGGAUAAAAAUGACCACAAAGAAACUUGCAAAGAUAUACAAGAACACCGUCUUUAUCAGAAGCCAUCACACUAUCCCCCAUCGUUAACGCUUGGUAUGGACACUUCAAAGAAAGAAGACUUGUGGGAAAUUAACCACUCUCCGUCCCAUUCGACAGUAAUGUUUCCACAGGAUCCGCUCUGUGUACAGGAUAAUGCAGAUUUGACACUAGUUAUUGAAAGAUCUGCGACAUCUUGCGAAAAAGCUCGUGAAAAGAUCAAACGUCAGUUUUCUAGUUACAUUCUGAUUACCCGUGUCAGGGAAAUCCCGAUCGAAGAAAUAUCUAUGUUUGACACAAAUAUUUGCACGCAGCCCUUCAUUUUCUUAUCCUACAUUAGAAGGUUUCAUGGGUACAGAGGGCGGCAUAAUGUUUACUUACAGGACUCUGAAAGGCGGGAAAUUUACGUCAGUUUCUACCUUCCAAACGACGAUCCUUCGCCACACUUCCGGUGGAGUGACGUAGUUCCAGGAAAGUUCAUCGCCAUUUUGUUUCCUUGCAUUCAUUCAUUUCUUGACGGAAGUGUUGGUUUACGGGUUGAUAAGGCUACUAAUGCGUACAUUUUCGAUGUAAAGGACUAAGUUAUAAACUCAUAUCUCAGUUUGGGGUAAAUUAUGUUGGUGUAACGUAUGCCAAAUGAAAAAUACUUUGGAGUAUCGGUAGAUUUUGGGAUAAUAUUAUUUUGAGAUGAAUUGGUUGAGAUGGGUUUUCGUUUUUUCAAGAUAAAAAAAUCAAUAACGAAUAUAUACUUAAGUAAAGCAUUUGAUUGUUGACUUAGAAUUAAUAGACAUUUAUACGAUGUGUGCAUUUCUUAAGUAAGUUCAGUAUGUGAAAUUACUUUUUAAAUCAACUUUUAAAAUAAAUAAAUUAAAUAUAUUUAAAAGAAAAUAAAUAUAUAUGAUAGCAAACUUUUGUCAUUAUAUACAAGAAAACCAAGACGUAAGAAGCAAAUUGAGUGAGCCGUUGAAAUCAUCAGAAAUAUCCUCUGACUGGAACAGUUAUAGAAACACGUCAGAUGCAUGUAUAUUAAUAAAAAA